AUGGAACAGACUUUUUCUAUUCGUAGACAGGAAAUCAUCAAGACUGAACCCCCAGUCAAAGACCUGCUUGAAAGAUGGCCAGCACUCUUCACUGAAAGACAGGUCUACUCUGAGUUUGCUAGAAUAGCUAGCAAAAAUAUUGAACUGGACUUUUUUGAUUCUUUGGACCGACAUGCUGCAAGACUGAUGGAAAUGUUCCAAACAAAAAAAGGUGUUGUUGGACAGAAAAUAGCAAAACUAUUGCAAAGGCAGAAUCUCGCCAAUGAUGUAACUGAGCAACGACGCGUCAUCAUCGAUGGCUUGGCAAUUAUUCUUGGAGAUGACCCCAGCGAGUUCUUCAAGACAAGUUCGAAAGCUUUGAUGGAUGAGACCACAGCGGCGCUUCUGAUGGGUGUGCUCACAGUUGAUGAAGACUUCCUACACCCUUCAAGUGCUGAGACCUUCCACCAAACAAGUAAAAUGAUCGCUAUUGUCAUCGAGGGCAACAUCGUCAUGAACAACAUCAGUGAUGUUCCCCAGGCUUUUUGCCUUCUGUUUGCUCUGACGUACGCCUUACAUUUGGACUACCCAAGAUCGAUGCUCAACACGUUCAGGUGCAUCCAGUCUGUGAUGCUGGGACUGGGAAAACAAACUCUGCCACCAAAACUCCUGACUCUGAAGAACUACCUUUUGGCAUAA